UUGAUCUCAAUUAUUUUGCCGUAUAACAUGUCAGGCAUGGAUUUGCUUGGGCUAGGAGGUAAAAAUUCGGAGAAAAAUACUCACAAUCAUGUUCCAGAUGGGGCUUGUUGUGGGGGAGAUAAUGCAAAUUCCAGUAAAGACCAUCCUAUUUUUGCUGCAGUGAAAUCGGGACUCCUAGUUCCUGUGCAGACCAUAGCAGAGGAUGGGCCUGAAGUAUUCAAUAUGCGGGAUGAGAAAGGACAUACUCCUGCUCAUUGGGCAUGUUUGGGGGGUCACAUGACAAUUCUAAGGUUCAUUAUGGACAGCAAAGGUCCAAUAGAUCAACCAAGUAACAAUGAACUAGGUGCCCAUCCCAUUCACUGGGCUUGUGUAAAUGGUCACAUCAACAUAGUGGACAUUUUGCUUCAGUAUGGUGUGAAUAUUGACACAACUGAUCUAAAGGGAUGUACUCCAUUAAUAGUGGCAUGUCAAUAUGGGCACACGAUGAUGGCAGGGUACUUAAUGGGCAAAGGGGCACGUUUACAAAUGGUGGACAAAGAUGGGGACAAUGCAUUACACUGGGCAUCCUUCAAAGGUCACUCAGAGCUUAUGAGGCUUCUCAUAUACUCUGGUUUCAAUCCACGUCAGAGGGACAAUUUUGGACAGACACCACUUCAUCUAGCCUGCAUCAAUGGAACAUUACUAGCAGUACAAGAACUUUGUGAGCAGGAUGGAGUGGAAAUAGAAAUUGCAGACAGAAAUGGGAAGACUCCACUGAUGUUGGCAAAUGGCAGAAAACACGAAGAAGUGUGUGACUAUCUCCAGAGGCAGCUCAAGAAGAAAAACAGUAUAUUACCCAAAAUAGAUUUUUACACAAUUGCAUUUGGACCUCCAGGAAAUAGCAAAGCUGCCAUUUUGUUCUUCAUGAUCAAUGUCAUAUGCUGGGGAUAUCCAAUGUAUAUUGUGAAGUGUUUGCCAUAUACUUGGAAUGAGCUCCAGUUGGUCCACAUAGUGUUCUUCUUCGUUAAUAUUAUAAUGUGGUUUUGUUUGUUCCAUGCUAGUACUACUGAUCCAGGUUUUCUUCCAAGAAACAUCCCAGAAUAUGAUUUAGCAAUAAAACAAGUAGCACAUUUUGAUGAUUGGAAGCAGGGGGAAAACCCCUUGAGUCGUCUCUGUCACACCUGUCGCACGGUCAAACCACUGCGCUCCAAACACUGUCGAAUUUGUAACCGCUGUGUCAAAGUCUUUGAUCACCACUGUCCGUAUAUAUACAACUGUGUAGGCUACUAUAACCGAGUCUCAUUUGUAGGAUUCGUCUUCUGCGUCACAAUCAAUGGCUAUAUAAGCACCUUCUUUAGUUACUAUGCCUUGACUCUGUACGAGGAACUGAACUUUGUUUACAUCUUCUUCCUGUUCCUUAUGGGGUUCUACCUGAUAGUGGCCACUUACCUGAGCGGAUACCUGGUCUUUGGGAUCUUGAUGAAUAUAACAACCAAUGAACAGCUUAGAUACAAAAAGUAUGCUCACAUGAAGGAUAAAGAUGGAAAAUUUUUCAACCCUUUCAAUGGUGGACCAAAGAGAAACUUUUUGGACUUCUUUUUCAUUAAACUUCUCCCAAGGAAUGAAGAUGGAGACUACAUUUUCACCAGAUUGCCUUCCUGAUUAAGGACUUGCUGCAUUAAGUUUGAUAUUUAUGCUUCAUGGACAUUUAUGAUUUUUUUAAUGAGUUUUCAAGAGAACCUGUCAUGAUCUAAUUAAUAUUUAUUAUAAACCCUUCCAUAUUUCUGAGUUUUGUGAAAAUUUAGUUGUGCUAGAUAGUAGCUACAUAUAGAUCUCUUCAUAUAGUCCGUCAAUGCAUACACAUUGUGUCAUAGCAUUUUGAAUUUUCAAAAUUUACAGUCUGAAUUUUGAGAGAAUGUGUAAAGUAGAUUGUACUUCAUUCUGGCCAUGUAAAACAUGUCAAAAAGGGUUGAUAGCAUAGUUGUACCAUUGUAAGGAACACUUUCCAUGCCAUGAAUUUCAUGUAACGGCACUGUCAUGAUGUUUUCCUUAUUAAAUGUGAUUUUGAUGCAUUUAGUAACUUUAUAACAAUAAGACAUCAAUAAUUGAAGAAAAUGUAUAUAGAACAAAAUUCAUCGCUUCUAUUUGGAAUGUAAAAAAGUUGCAUAAUAUUGUUGUUUUUACAUGCUUAUUAUAUUUAUUUUUUUUAUAUAUAUACCUAUUUAUAUAUUUUUUAAUAUGAAAUUUGAAAGAAAUUAUUUUAUGCAUGAGAUUUGUUUUAGAUUUUUAAGAUUAUCUGUAGCUUUUAUUUGCAUAUACGAUGUUAGUAAUCAAUGUCCAUUAAUUGUCUUUUUCUUUUGUGUUUUCUUUUUCUUCACUUGGAAAAUGUUUUAUUAUAUUACCAUACUUCUUAUAUUUUUAUGAUUAAAAGUCAACUGGAAAUUAGAUUUCUUGUAGUGUAUUUUAAAAAAUACAUGUCUCUCUCUAAUUUUUUUUAUGAAAAAGCAAUUGCCAAUACACUUAUUGAUGCAUUUACAUCUUUAGACACAUAGAAAUACAACUCCUAUACUGUGUUGUGUAAUUGGGAUGUGAUAUUGAAAACUUUUAGCAUCUCAAUAUAAACGUAAUUAAGAAAUGACUUUAAUACUCAAUUAAUUGAUAUGAAAAACAUUAUAAAAUUGUACCAUAUAUUAGUCUGUUGUUAAUUUAACUGGUCUAACUAAUUUGAGGUUGACUGGUCUGCCGGCCAAACAAAAAAAAUUAAAAAAUUGUUAGAUCAUUACAUAAAGCUUAUUGAUAUUUGUCAAAUCUUGAUGGAAUGGAAAAAGCCUAAGGGACGUGCAACCUGAAUGGCUAAUUGCUACUUAAAAUAAAACUUGCUUCUGUAGUGAAGGGUAAAACAAACAGUUGCUGACAGGGAUUUGGGCAAUAUGGUUUAUUGGACCUCGGCCUUUGUGUCUUGAGGUCCAACAAAUGAUAUGUGCCCUCAUACCCAGUCAACAAUUGUAUAGUAUUGGCAAUUGUUCUAGCAAUCAAAAGGUACAUUACAAUACAAUUAUCUGUAACUGUCAGAAUUCACCAUAACAUGAUGAAUUACCUUAUAAUGUUUUGUCUUUUUAUU